AAAUUGUCGAAAAUUAUUGACAAUUAUAAUGACAACCAAUUGAGUGAUGAAUCGGAAGAGCACCGGGAGAUACAGGGAUUAAAUAAAGUGUUGGAUGAGAAUAGUGGUGACCCGGAAGGGCAUGUGGUGUCAGAGGAGACACAAGUAGUGCAGACUUUGGACACAGAGGUCGACGACAGAGACAGAGAUGAGACGGAAAGACCGAAAGAGAUGUCGGAAGUAGAAGAGGGCGGAGAGAGUGGUGUCGGAGAAGAGGUUGACAGAGAAGACAGCGUUGAUUGUGAACCGAUUGCCAGCACUAGUAGUUCGUGUGCUAAGAGUGUCUCCAAUGAUCGCCCAUUUGUGUGUUUAUAUCCCAAUUGUGUCAAACGCUUCACUCAGAAGUCAACUCUCAAUCGACACAAACGCUUUCAUUCGGGCGAAAAGCCAUUGAAAUGUGAAUAUUUAGAUUGCGGUCAAUGUUUUGCGCGCAAAGACUAUUUAUGUGACACAAAAGGAUCUUAUAAGGGAUGUGAUCAGAGGUUUGCGACGGAUUCGCAUUUAAUUCGUCACAAACGGGUCCACUCGGGAGAGAAACCGUUUGUCUGCGAUGUCAUGGAUUGCGACAAACGAUUCGCACAGAAAAUCAAUUUAAAAAGACACAAAAAUGUCGUUCCCUUGAAACUCACACCAUUUGCCUGCGAUGACAUCAAUUGUAGCAAACGUUUUACACGACAAUAUGAUCUGGAUCGUCACAAAUGCGUACAUUCAAGAAACACAUAA